ACACAUGAUUCACCAAAGUUUCGAAGCUUCGCGAAGCAGUGCUAAAUCUAACUCGUGUUGAUUCGAUAACUCUUAUGUGUAACCAGGCAUUUGUUCUCAUGUUUAAUCAGUAGCCCAAGGAUGUUGUAGUCAUCCGGACAGUGUCUUAUCAAACACGUUAAACUCGUUUUAGCAGUGCGCUGCUAGCUGUUAGCUGUUAGCUGUUGAGAUGAGCAUGGAGUCGUGUGUGCUAACGCUACAGGGAGCGGAGGCUGGAGGAUUCAUUCUCAUUCAAGAUACUGUCAAAUGCAGCGGGCGCGGACUCCUCAGGUGUUUUAUUAAUGCAGCAUUGAAGAGAGGCGAGGACGUACAUGUGCUGGGAUUUGAGAGCCCUGAAACAGAAGUGUGUGCUGGUUUGGACAGCAGCUGUGUGCAAAAGCUUCAUUUUCAUAAGGGUUUCCCUGAUCCGCUCGGCUGGACGCGCAGAUCAUCUUUCACCGUCGAGCGGUUUGCUUCUCAACACAUAACUCAGCUCUUCAAAGACACGCAGCAAGCCAAAGCAUCAGUGCUUGUUGUUGACUCCCUCUCAUUGGUUUUGAGACAUCAUGACCCUCUUGUCUUCUGCCAGACACUUCAAGAGCUCCGGAAAGGAGGAGUUAUUAAAACUAUCAUCGGCCUCCUGCAUUCAGACUUGCAUCAGCAAGGCGUCGUGGGUAUUGUGUGCUACUUAGCCAGUACUGUUAUCUCUGUGGCACCUGCAAACAAUGAACGCCAUUCUGUGGCAAAGACCACAAGACGCACAAAGUCAGGCAAAGUCAUGCAAGAGGAAGAGUAUUUCAGUGUGUGCGAGGACGCAACUCUUUCAGUACAGGCCAGUCCACGUCAGCCUGGACAUGCACAGAAAGAGCGAGAUGUGUCUGAGGCUGAUCCAACAUCAAACCUGACUUUCAAUCUGCGUCUGUCUGAGGAGGAGAGAAAAGCCAAGGAGAAAGUGGCACUGCCGUUUGUAUUUAGCCAAGAAAAAAAAUCAGCUCUUCUGAAGCCGACUCCUGGCUCCGGGAGGAUCGUGUACGAGCCUGACGCCAACGACGACUUUGACGAGGAGGAUCCAGAUGAUGAUCUUGAUGUGUGAAUGAAGACAGCCCACAUCAUGACCUAAAUCUGUGAAUGUCAGAUCCAUCUUUAUAAAUAUAUUUAUUAUUUUUUAUUUUAUUAUGACUCAUACAGUCUGUGGCUGUCUGUUGUCUAUCAGCUAUCACGAGGCCAGGUUUGAGAACAGAUAUGAACUGAUGAACCACUGUUCUUAGUAAUGUUAUGCAGCUUUUGUAUUGGUAGAAAAAUUGGAGGAUUAAAAAAAACUCUCAUUGGAAAAUAUUUUACGUCUUGAUUAAGAUCUUUAUUGACUUAAUACUUGGCUAAUUUUGUUCAGUUUUUAUACAUGUAGACAUGGAGG